AUGCUGCGAUCUCGGGAGUACGGUGCAUGGGUCAGCCACUACGAAAUGUCCGAGUACGGCAUGGGCAAAUCGCUUUUGGGUGUCACAGCUCAUAUAAUCGUCUUUACUAGUCUAGUACUCCUGCUUGAAUAUCGACUAAUACGUCGUUUAUGGAGUGAGGUGGAAAAACGGCGUACACUUGUACUACCCACAAGGAAGUAUGAAAACUCAGAUGUUGCUGAAGAAAAGCAGUACGUCAGUAACACAAUCGCAAGAUCUAAGGAAACCAUAAAAGAGAUAAUGCUCGUAAGCCGAACCUGGAAGGCAUAUUUCAAACUAUUUGAAGAACCAACUUUUGCUUUAAAGGAUGUCAACUAUUCUGUAAAGAAAGGAGAUUGCUUCGGUAUUAUUGGAUUAAACGGUGCCGGGAAGACGACUAAUUUCAAAGUGAUCACUCGCCAAGAGUAUCCUACAAGAGGAACUAUUUAUGCUAAUGGAUAUUUUGCUGAUGCUAAUCCCGCUGAGUAUCUUAGUGGAUUGGGUUACUGUCCCCAAACUUUUGGAUUGGACAACUUUCGAACUGGCGAGGCCAAUCUACGCACUCUUAUGUCCAUGCGAGGUCUCUCAAAGGAAGAUAUCAAGAAUGAAACUCGCUCAUGGCUGAGUAUAAUCGGGCUUGUGCAGAGCGCGGGGCGCCGCGCAGCGGACUACAGCGGCGGCAUGACGCGGCGGCUGGCGGUGGGCGCGGCGCUCAGCGGCGGCGUGCGCGUGGCACUGCUGGACGAACCCACGGCGGGCGUGGACACGGCCGCCAAGCGUCAAGUGUGGCUUGCGGUCAAGCGGGCCCUCGAAAGCGGCCGUUGCGUGGUGCUCUCCUCACAUAAGUACACAGUUUUGUCGCAAUCAAAGAUUUCUAUGUUUUCUACUGACAAUUUUAAUUGCAGCAUGGAUGAAGUAGAACGCCUGUGCAAUCGUGUGACGGUUCUGGACGCCGGCGAGAUGGGGGCGCUGGGCUCUCCCACCAGAUACAAGGAAUUGUACGCACUAGGACAUACCGUCAUUUUUAAAUUACGAGUUAAUUCUGUUCUAAGCCAGGUGGGAGCGAUUAGGGUGCAGUCGCUUAAGGAUUUUAUGGACCACGAGUUUGACUGCUUCGUGAAGGAUGAACAUUUGACAGCCCUUCGGUUCACGAUAACGAACAAUUUGCCGUACAACGUGAUUUUUAUCAAGUUGGGUUUUCUUGCGGCGGAGUUCGACGACAUCGUGGAGGACUACUCGGCCUAUGAUGCGAACAUGGAAGACGCCUUUAUGCAUUUUGUCAAGGAGAAUCGUUACUCGAUCCGACCUAAUGAGACUUGGUAG